AUGGGUGUACCGCGCCACUUCCCAACUUCUACUGAGAAAAGAUUUCAAGACUUGUUUAAUGACACAAACUUGCUUAAGAGGGACUUCCCGUGGCUUUCUAGCACCCUGACCAAAUAUUACUCCUCUCCGUCCCAAAUUCCAUUAUCGACCAAGAUAGAUUUGACAACAAAAACACCCACAUGGGAGAACUCUCCGUCAAGACCGACGGUUCUUUUCUGGGUUCUAAUUGUACUUAAAAUAUUUUUCUGUUAUCCUCGUCUAAAAAGCUUAAAGAACUGCUGCAGAAGGCAGUCUUCAGAUGAGCAACGAAGACCGAGUGUUUUUGAUACAGAUCCGCAACAAACCAACGAAACUGGCCCUCCCCCUAGCCCUCCCCCUAGCCCUCCACCUGUCCCUACACCUACAUCACCAAUCAUAAUCGAGCCAGAAUUUUCUACCCAGAAUAAUUCCCAUUCCGGUCUACCACCUUUGCACUCGCAGUACGCCGUCAACAAUAUUGGAGGUGGCAAUAAAAUAGAUGAUAACUCCUCCGAGGACCUACCACCUCCGUAUUCCACAUACAUGGGUACAUUGAAAGCUACAAAUCACAUACCGAAGGUACAUAAAGGACAGAGUGUGGAAGAACAGUCAUGUACUGAAACAGAAUACAUCUCAACAACUUACAUACCACACACAGAAAUAACCUUGAAUAAUUAG